AGCCGCUGCGGGGCCGUCCAGCCGGCUGCCUGUCCCGGCGUCUUCAUGCGCCCGGCCAACGGCCUUUAAGAGCGCUCGGCCCGAGCUACCGGGGAAGCCGGCCCGAGGAGGUCUCGCCGGCGACUUCACCAACGGGGCUCUGGGGGAAAAGAAGCAACAAGUGCAGCACGUCCUAGUUGAAACAAGUUCAAGGCUUUGAUAUGAAGCGCAGAAGCAGAUAGUGCAUAUAGCAAGCCAUAGCUGGAAUACUUUUUAAACUUGCUUAAAAUUGUCUUAAUGAUCUCUGAGAUGUGCAACUAAAAGUUUGGAAAUAAAUCCCUCAGGUAAAGCUUCAGGCUGGGAAAGCGCAGUGUCCGUUCUCUUAUGUACAGCUUCAAAAAAAAAAUCAGAUCUGUAGGGGAAUUGUGCAAAGUAAAACUGAGCUACAGGGUAGCAGUGUUUGAAUAGUCCUUGUAAAGGUGCCCAUACAAUUGCCAAAAUGAGUAAGAGAACAAGCAGUGACUCCCCUCUAGGAAGGAUGAGUGGGGCAGCAUUUCCUUCUCCCACAGCUGAUAUGGCAGAAAUAAAUCGUAUUCAGUAUGAGAUGGAAUACACUGAAGGCAUCAGCCAGCGGAUGAGGGUGCCAGAAAAGUUAAAAGUCGCUCCCCCACCUCCUGAUUUGGAGCCAGCAUUCCAGGAAGGAGUCCCAAAUGCUAGUGUCACAAUGCAGGUUCCAGAGAGGAUUGUAAUAGCAGGUAAUAAUGAAGACAUUUCAUUUUCAAGACCAGCAGACCUUGACCUUAUCCAAUCAACACCCUUCAAACCCUUGGCAUUAAAAACACCUCCCCGUGUUCUCACACUAAGUGAGAGACCGCUUGAUUUUCUGGACUUGGAAAGGCCCAUCCCUCCAACCCCUCAGAAUGAAGAUGAAAAGUCACAUUCGGAGGAAGAACCCAGCCGUCAGCAAGUCCGUACAGCUGGCAGGCUGAAAAGGGAGAGGUCUAUGAGUGAAAAUGCUGUACGACAAAAUGGACAAUUGGUCAGAAAUGAUUCCAUUGUGACACCAUCCCAACAGCAGGCCCGUGUCUGUCCUCCCCAUAUGUUACCCGAAGAUGGAUCUAAUCUUUACUCUGCUCGGGGCAUUUUGUCGUUUAUCCAGUCUUCUACUCGUAGGGCUUACCAGCAGGUCUUGGAUGUGCUGGAUGAAAAUCGCAGGCCAGUGUUACGUGGGGGGUCCGCGGCUGCCACUUCUAACCCUCAUCAUGACAUCAGAUACGGUCUUUCAACCUUGGAUGCAACAGUAGAAGGAACACCAGAUGAUGUGACUGUUGUAGAUGCUGCUUCCCUAAGACGUCAGAUAAUCAAACUUAAUCGACGUCUCCAACUUCUGGAAGAAGAAAACAAAGAACGUGCGAAAAGAGAGAUGGUCAUGUAUUCCAUUACUGUAGCUUUCUGGCUGCUUAAUAGCUGGCUUUGGUUUCGCCGCUAGAGGUAACCUCCGCUUUCUAACGUACUUGUCGUAACAGCUUGGAAAUAUAAAGCAUUUGCAAACUUCUCUGUUUCUGCCUCUGCAUUGUAUGCCGUUUGAUAAUCCAUGCACUGAAAAUGUAUUUCUUUGGGAAAGAACAAAGGACCUAGAACAGAACUGAAGGGAUAUCCUAUUGCUUGGUUGUAUUUCUUUUUAAUCAUAUUUGCAGUAACACCUACUUAAAAUAACCUCCCUUUGCAUGUUUUGUAAAUAGGCCUAAAUUUGUUUUUGAAAGGAUUUGCUUCUCUUGCCUACAUGAGAACAGACUGCACUAAUUCUCUGGGUGGUAGAGAGGGCUUACAAAAUAGAUUUGCAAAAGUAUCUGUAAAAAGAGUGGUGUCUGUUUUUGUCCUGUGUUUGAAGACUGUUCAAUAAAAUCGUUUGUGAUUAGGCACUUCUGCGUCAGCUUCCCUUUAGCUGACAUGAACACUUUGAAUGUUGUAGCCUGGUGCCAGAUUCAAAAGAACUAAGUCAACAUAUUUCAUAAGUAUCUUCAUUAAGCACAUGUACAGAAUAAAUUAAAGGAAUUCUUGCUAACAUUUCAGCAGAUUAUCCAGGGGUGUGUGCGAUAUGUAUUUUUCUUAUUUUAGUCUUAAUUUUGCAGAUGUUUUUCUAUGAAAUACAUUUUUAAGCAAGUCCGUGUGUGAGUGAUUUAAAAGAUUACGGAAAAGGUACCAAUGUAGUGUAUUUAAUAAACUGUCAACUAAAGCAA